AUGUCGAUACAGACCGACCAUGAGGGUGGGGCCAGAUCUAGGGCUACUAAAGCGGCCGCCGCGCAAACCAACCAAAGGAAACGUGCGGCGGGGAACAAGGCUGAGGUUGGAACGAAGAAGUCCGGGAAGAAGGCGGAGGACAAGGGGAAGCAACCAACGGCACGCAAGCGUGUUUCGGCCGUGAAGAGCGAUGCGGGUGUUGCCACUGCUGCCCUCGAGCCCGGUCCUUCCGACGACGGCACCAUCGGCGGGAACGAAGACCCUGGGCGUGGCGGCGUGAGUGUUGCCGUCCGGCCGGGGGACAGAGAGGGCUUGGCGACUGGAGGAAAGCACGGCGAGGCUCCCGGCGACGACCAGGCCGCAACUGUGGUGUCCGUGGCAGAGGCAUCACAGCAGCAUAUGACGCUGCUCCCCUCGCCCGUGGUCGAAGCAUCUGCUGCAGUGAUAGAUAAGGAGAAGAAUGCUGCGCACGAUUGCACGGAGGAGCCGAAACACGACAUUGCCGACGUCGGUGGAUCUCCUCCCUCUGGGGGACGCGGGAGGCGUAGGCAGAGGAAGAGCGAUGGGGAGGAGGAGUAUGACACCCCCGUGGCCGAGGACAUCCCCAUACGCGCAAAGAGGAGGCAGACGACAGCCAGCGGUGACGACGCCGGUGGUGCUGAAGGCCGACCCGGUCUGCGGAAACCAUCUAGCGGACGGGGGGGCAAGCAAGCCUCGAGGGGGAAGAGGCCGAAGCGCGGCAAAGAAGGCCCUGGUGAAGCGGAUGUUGAGGACGAGGAGGAUGCGGAGGAGGAGGACGAGGAUGCAGGGGAGGAAGAAAAGGACGAGGAUGCGCAGGAGGACGACGAUGAUGAGGAGGAGGAGGAUGAGGAUGGCAAUGAGGGGAAGGAGAAGGAGGACGAUGAGGAUGAGGAUGAGGACGAGGAGGAGGACGAUGAGGGGGAUGACGAGCCUGAGGAGGAAAAGAGUGAGGAGGAGGAGGAGGAGCAGGAGGAGGAGGAGGAGGAGGAGGAGGAAGAGGAGGAGGAGGAGGAGGAGGAGGAGGAGGAGGAGGAAGAGGAGGAGGAUGAUGGUGAGGAGGAGGAUGAGGAGGAGGAGGACGACGUGGAGGAAGAGGAGGUGGAGGAAGGGGCGGAUGAGGAAGAGGAGGAGGAGGAGGAGCCGGCAGGGAAAGGACGGGGCGCGCGAGGCAGACGGGGGAGUGGCACAGGGAAGCGUGAUAGUGUGAGGGCACACGGGGCUGCUGCUGAAGACGUUGAUCCCCUUGGCCAGAGAGGGGUUUCUACACACCCUUUUCCGGAUGUCAUGGAUGCGCUGGGCGAAGGUGCAGAGCAUGGGCAGUUUGUUACACGAGACGAGUUCCAGCAGCUACGGUCUGAGAUGUACGCCAUGUUUGCUCAGCUCGGCCUGCGUCGUGGAGCAACUGCCAGCUAUGCCGGGGGGACUGCAGUGGUGCCUAUGGCUGGUACCCCGCCGCCGAUGAGUGCCGUGGACAGGGCACGUGUGCUUGUGCUUCGGGAGACCAACCCAUUCCCGAAAAUUCAGUAUUACCCUGCACCGGAGGAAGUGUUCGAGGCCUUCGCUGUCCACUUGUCUGCCGAGGGGCUAGAGUCAAUGAAGCUGCUGUGGUUGCACAACGACAAGUCAACCAUGGGUGUUUUCAACCACCAGAUGUCAUCAACCAGGUCAACAAUCAACACCACCCUCAGGCCAGCAACGUACGCCGGCAUGGGUCUCUCCGAUUACGCCAAUGCGGUGGAUUGCCUGCCCACUGAGCUACACCCAAAGAAGUGGUUCAACGACGAGCAACUCCUGGCGGAGUACAGAGAUGAACAGUGGGCCCUCAACUGGCACUUUGACAAGGCCACCGGAACACCCUUCAGCAACCCCUUGUUUGCUUAUGCGUUCAAGCUCUCCUUCAAGAGGAGCGGGGUCGUGUUCACCAAGUUCAAGAGCCGCAUGGUGGCAUGGGGCCUGUUUUCGCUGGAGCAUAUACCCGUUACCCCCCCUCAUACACCAUCCACCCAACCCUACACCACAUUGCAGAUCGAGUGGCCCCUUCUGCAGGACAAGCGCCGCAAGCGAAUUCCGGCCCAGCCGGAACAAAACAGGCCGGACUACUUCGAAUGGUGUGACAAGGUCAAACAGAUGAUACACUUUGCCGUCGUGGAGCGACGCAUCCCACACGAUCCGGCUCAGGGUGCGUUCGUCUUCCCGAACAAGUUCCUCAUCGACGAUGGCGACCUUGGAGAUGUUGUUCUUGCCCACCGGGCGCUUGCAGGGCCCACCAUUGAGUAG